CUAAUCCAAUGCCUCCCCUGUCCUGUGCCAAUGCUACUACUGCUGCUGCUAAUAUUUACUCUAAUCCUAACAAGCCUGUUCUUGGAGCUGGCGCUGAGGAGAACCUGGACUCCUUGGGACUGAUUGUUGAUGCGGCUCAUAAGUCAGCAGUCAAUAUUAUCGAUUUUGCCGGGUGA